CUUUGGCUCAGUGGCAACCUGUCCUUGUUGAAAGAUUUCAGCACAUCACAGGCCUACACACACACACACACACACACACACACACAAACACAGGAAGCAUGUUGGCCCUCAUGGCUGCUGGCUCCGUCUUCUUCCCCGGCCUCUUCCUCCUGUCUAAGCAGAGUCUGCAGCGCAUGUUGAGAUGGACCGAAGGCGACGCAGACAUUGUUUCUGCUCGCCUGGUGUCAUCCAUUCAAGCUGUCAUGGCCUCUACAGCAGGAUGUAUUAUCAUCUCUUCUUGCAAGGACAUCAUGGAAGACAAGCACUGGCUGACCAACAACUACAUUCUCUUUGCCACACCUUACUUUGCUUUCGACAUUUAUGCCAUGUUCCUGUGCUACUGGCACAAGCUGCAGGUCAAAGGGCACGAGGAGGCCGGCCACAGGUCGAUGGGCGCUGCUGUGGGAGGCUACCUGCGCCGCGAGCUGCUCAUGGUGCUGCAUCAUGUCUUCAUGGUGGCUUUUUGCUUUCCUGCCUCCGUGUUCUGGAGGCAGGGGAAGGGCGAUUACUUCCAGGGCGUCUUGUUUCUGGCUGAGCUCAGCACACCGUCUGUCUGCUUGGGGAAAGUCCUAAUUCAGUUCGACAAACAGCACACUCUUCUGCACAAAGUGAACGGAGCUCUCAUGCUGCUCACUUUCUUCAGCUGUCGUGUGCUGCUGUUCCCUUACCUCUACUACGCCUACGGCAGGUAUGCCUCCAUCCCAGUGUACAUGGUACCCCUGGUGGCCCCAUGGCAGUGCAACAUGGGAGCGGCUCUGCUCAUGGCUCUGCAGUUCUACUGGUUUGGCCUCAUCUGCAGAGGAGCCCUCCGCCUUUUCACCAGAAAAAGCCCACCGAUGCCCACAGAGGAGUCAGAUGGCCGUCCACCCCCGGACAGCCAACCCGUGUCCCAGCAGCUGGAGGAAGAGACACACAAACACUGAGCAACAGAGGACAGAGCAGCAGUAUGAAUGCAGACACGAUGGCUGACACACUGCAACAGUCUGCUGCAGUGACAGCUGCCAAAAACAUUAAGGAGGGAACUGCUAAGUGACUUGGGCAGGUUGGAUCUUUGACCAGCAGAGUGGAGUGGAGGGACGAGUGUCUCUCCUGCUUUGAUGUCCAACAGAAAGAAGAAGGGAGACAUGGCAGUGAAGGCCAAACAGCAGCUCUGACUGAGCGGUUAAUGCAGAAGUGAGGCGGCUCAGAGCUCAGUGAGCAGGGAGAGGCUGUGGCAGCUGCCAGGGACACAGCGGGACACGGCUGAUGGGGCGAGGGGCUGACACUGUGUUAGUGGGACACUGUGGACACCCAACCUGAGCCUGCCGGGACCCGCCGGCCUUUGUGGCCGUUACACUUUUGUGGUAAUUUUAUGCUAAUUUCCUUGUAAUUAUAUUUAAAUAUACAAAAUAACGAUUCAAAAUAUAGUUGUCUUGUAGGUUUUUAACAAGUUUUUUUUUUAUGUUAUUAAGGUUUUAUUUCACUCUUUUAACAAA